UUAAAGCGUUAGCGCGCGCCCGCGUGUGUGCGUGUUUGUGAUUUAAUUAGUCGACGUCACCGCAAAGCGGCGGUAACGUCGUUAACAUUGACUCAUUUUCCAAACAUCCCCCUCGACCGCCGUUAUAGAGCCCUCGUCAACCCGUUUCCGAUCAAGUUCGGAGUACGCCCAGGAGCCCGCGAUCAUAUUGCACGCGCGCGCUCCGACAGAACGUAUUCUCCGCCACCGUAUCGUCCAGAUCUGGUCAUCCUUCCGCCGCUGUCUUGCUCCUGCCCGCGACAUUCGGCUAUGGAAGAUUCGUCCGAUUCCAACGCCGAGGACGGCGCGUUGCCCGCCAACGAGUACGCGUCCAACACGACCAAGAGACAGGUGUACUUGGAAUUCUCGCAGUUCAGCCCGUCGCAGUUGAAAAAAAUCGAAGAUCUAUUCGACCAGUACGAUGCAAACAAAGACGGAUAUUUAUGUCGAAAUGAGCUAAAGCGAAUGAUGAUCAAGCGUCGAAUGCCAUGGACUGAAAACUCUUUAAAUCAAUUGAUUGAUGAUGUUGACAAAGAUAAAGACGGAAAACUGACUUUUAGAGAAUUUGUCAUGACGAACCGUAAAACUUUGGAGUACUGUCAGCGUUCAUUGGCCAAACAAGAAAAAGUAGAUUUUAACAAAGUAGGUAUAAAAGGUGUAAGGGACUUCUUUGAGGCAAAGGCAAAGUAUUUGAAAUGACCAAUAUUGCAAUUUUUAAUAAAAAUACUGAAAAUAUAUGAAUCACUAAAUGCAAGAAGGACACAUGUCCAUAAUUUUCAUAAAAUUACAUUUUUACAGAUUUUUAUUUAGAUUCAACAAUUACACAGUUCUGUGCAAACGGGACACAUGUCCAGUUUACUGGUAUAUUAUAAAAUGAUCAUAUUUUGUGUUAAAUGCAAAAACGGCGUAUGUCCUAGACAUGUGACCUUUUUUGUCUCUCCUGAAAAAUUAUAAAAUGUGGAGAUGUGCCCUUCUUGCAUUUAGUGAUGGGCUUACCAUAGACCAUAGUUUUAUAGAUGUAUUAACAACAUUUAUAAUUGUGAACACAUAUUAACUAUCAAUUUCCCUACUGUAAAAAAACAACAUUAAAAGAUAAAAAAAAUUAUUGUAA